ACUGCGGGGAGCGUUGCCGUCAGGCCCGGGCUGGGGGAGCCUCUGGCGUCACGCGGGGUUCAGAGGCCAGUGCCAUGCUCAGCCUGGGGCAACGUGGUGAUCCUCAGAGGGACAACCUUCCCAGCUCCCAGGCCGUGCCCAGGCCCAGGAUGAACCAAGUCCCACCCCCAGGCAAUGGACCCCAGCCAGCCGUGCCACCCAGGACUGUGUGGGACGUGAGGGAUGUCGCCCCAGGGGGGCCUGGAACUGGGCAGCCCCGAGCAUGCUGGCCGAGGAGGCUCAAGGCAGCCAUCAUGGGAUUCCAGGCCACUUGCCCUUCCUUCUCCACCAUCUACUUCCUCUUCAUCCUCUUGGUGGUGUCCACCGUCUUCCACUCCCAUCACCGCCUGGCCCUGGUGCCCACCCCCUGGGCCUACCCAGGCCGCGUGGUCCUGCUCCCCAGUCACCUGCCGCCGGGGGGCAUGUUCACCAUCAACGCCAAAGGCCGCCUGGGGAACCAGAUGGGGGAGUACGCCACCCUGUACGCCCUGGCCAAGAUGAACGGGCGGCCGGCCUUCAUCCCGGCCGAGAUGCACAGCACGCUGGCCCCCAUCUUCCGAAUCAGCCUCCCGGUCCUGCACGGCGCCACGGCCAGCAGGAUCCCGUGGCGGAACUACCACCUGAACGACUGGAUGGAGGAGCGCUACGGCCACAUCCCGGGGGAGUACGUGCGCCUCACCGGCUACCCCUGCUCCUGGACCUUCUACCACCACCUGCGAGACGAGAUCCUGCGGGAGUUCACCUUGCACGACCACGUGCGGGAGGACGCCCAGAAGUUUCUGCGGGGCCUGCAGGCCAAGUGGGCCCGGCGGUCGACCUUCGUGGGGGUCCACGUGCGCCGGGGGGACUACGUGCGCGUCAUGCCGCGGGUGUGGAAGGGCGUGGUCGCCGGCCGGGGCUACCUAGAGCAGGCCCUGGACUGGUUCCGGGCCCGCUACCGCUCCCCAGUCUUCGUGAUCACCAGCGACAACAUGGCCUGGUGUCGGGAGAACAUCAACGCCUCCCGGGGGGACGUGGUGUUCGCCGGCAAUGGCCUUCGGGGCUCCCCCACCAGGGACUUUGCGCUGCUCACGCAGUGUAACCACACCAUCAUGACCAUUGGGACGUUCGGGAUCUGGGCCGCCUACCUGGCGGGCGGGGACACCGUCUACCUGGCCAAUUUCACCCUGCCCGGCUCCCCCUUCCACUGGAUCUUCAAGCCCCAAGCGGCCUUCCUGCCGGAGUGGGUGGGCAUCGCCGCUGACCUUGGGCAGGCCAGAGAGACUGGCUCCUAGCCCGGUGUGUCGCGUGUCCCUCCCUCGCCCUGGGGCCAACAGGCUUUGCCCCAGAGCUGCAGCACCUGUGUUUGCCUCCAGGCCGCGAUGCUUCCCAGCUGGGCCACCUCGGACAAGUGACUUAACCUCUCUGGGCCUUAGCGUGCCGCCUGCAAAGUGGACCUAAUACAGAACUUACCUCCGCAGCUCCUGCAGCAAGUUUAUUUAGUGUCUUGGGAACCCUAACCCGAACCCGAACAGGCACGUGGGUGGCGUAUCCUGAACUUUCGGGCUGCUUUAAGAUGGAAACAUAUAUUUUGCUCUCUCUUUGUCUGUAGCUUCAGGAGCGUGAGUCCAAGUGUUUUGCCCUUGCCUCCUGGGAGGGUUCGGUGAAGCCGUUCCUGCCCUCAAGUCAAGGAGAGCCAAAUGUUAGGCUUUGGGUUUCAUGGGGCCUCAUCAUGAAAGGGAGGGAACCCGGGAUUUGAGAGGAUGAA